AGAAUUUGCAAAUUUGUUAUUAUCAAGUCUACCUACAUCUUUCUAAACAUGAACGCCGGUCCAUUGUCCAUGGAAAUUUUUGCAAUUUAUAUUCAUAUGGUAAAAUCAGACCCUCUCUUUAGGCUUGGGACAGUACUGCUGUGAUUUUAAGAGAAUCAACUUUAGGACCUUGCUCAAGAAUCAGUUGAUAAGAAAUGGAAGCACCAUUAUUGGGUGAUUCAAGGGAAAUUCAAGAUUUGAAGCAAAUAAUUUGGAUUGAAUCCAAGAAGCUAUGGUUCAUAGUUGGGCCUGCAAUUUUCUGCAGGAUUUCUAUUUACUCCAUGAAUGUCAUAACUCAAGCUUUUGCAGGCCACCUUGGUGAAACUGAACUUGCUGCUAUUUCCAUUGUGAAUAAUGUCAUCACUGGUUUUACUUUUGGCCUUCUGUUGGGCAUGGCAAGUGCAUUGGAAACUCUAUGUGGACAAGCAUUCGGUGCAAAACGAUACCAUAUGUUAGGAGUGUACAUGCAACGCUCUUGGAUUGUCCUCUUCUUAUGCUGCAUAUUGCUUUUGCCCUUUUACAUAUUUGCUUCUCCAAUCUUGAAGCUACUUGGGCAGCCACAGAACGUGGCCGAACUCUCUGGUUAUGUGGCCUUAUGGAUGAUCCCUAUCCAUUUCAGCUUUGCCUUUCAGUUCCCACUGCAGAGGUUUUUGCAAUGCCAGUUGAAGAAUUCUGUUAUUGCGUGGGUGUCCUUAUUUGCCCUUAUUGUGCAUUUGGUGGUUAGCUGGUUGUUUGUGUAUGGACUCAGCCUUGGAGUGGUGGGCACUGCCGUGACUCUGAAUAUUUCGUGGUGGGUUUUGGUGGUCGGAAUGUUACUUUAUGUGGUUUGCGGAGGUUGUCCUCUUACCUGGACUGGUUUCUCCAUUGAAGCCUUCUCUGGUCUAUUCGAGUUCUUGAAGCUAUCUGUUUCUUCUGGGAUUAUGCUUUGUUUGGAGAACUGGUAUUAUAGAAUACUUAUAUUGAUGACUGGAAAUAUGAAGAAUGCAGAAAUUGCAGUUGAUGCCUUAUCAAUUUGCAUGGCAAUAAAUGGGUGGGAAAUGAUGAUUCCACUGGCUUUCUUUGCUGGAGCUGGGAUAAGGGUGGCUAAUGAACUUGGAGCAGGAAAUGCAAAAGGAGCCAGAUUUGCAGCUAUAGUCUCUGUUACAACAUCUGUAGUCAUUGGAAUUUUCUUCUGUCUAUUAAUUAUUAUUUUCCACAAUGCAAUUGGGAGCAUUUUCUCUUCCAGCAAGCCUGUUCUUGAUGCAGUAAACAAGCUCACUGUUCUCUUAGCCUUCACUAUUCUUUUCAACAGUGUUCAGCCAGUUCUUUCUGGAAUGGCGGUUGGAUUAGGAUGGCAAGCAAGGGUGGCAUACAUUAAUAUAGCAUGCUACUAUAUAGUUGGGCUUCCAGUAGGAUUUCUCAUGGAGUGGGUUUUCCACCAAGGAGUGGAGUUUAUACCGGUUUUCUUAUUUCUUACUUAUCAGGGUAUAUGGGCUGGAAUGAUAUUUGGUGGAACUGCAUUUCAAACAUUGAUUAUAGCCGUCAUUACCAUGAGAUGUGACUGGGAAAAAGAGGCAUUGAAAGCAAGCCAGCGUGUAAAGAAGUGGGCAAGCUUGGGUUAAAGGAGAUACAUGUUGAAUGCACACAAUGAGAGGAAACUCAAGAACAAACAUCUAGUGUAUUUGCAUAAAUUGUUAGGUUCAUAUUUUGAUUUUAUAGUUAUUACGAGAUAAUCCUUGUUUUGAAAAACAAAGAGACUGAAUUAGUCCCCAAUCUAGUUUCACACCACCCCAAACUAAGAAUUAGGUUCGAUUUAGUAGGAAAUUAAAGUUUAAUUCCAAAAGUUUAAUUAUUAAAUGAAGUAGCUCAUUUUCAUUACUAGUACAUUA